CUAGAUAUACCGAGAAGUACGUUUGCUGGGAUGCACCUGGACAUAGAUGGCUGACAUGGUCAUGGUGCAGGACGAGCUCGAACAAGAAAUUGAACAACUGAAAGAGAAGCUGUCCCGAAGUAGGAAGCAGGGCAGUGCCGAACCCGGCGCGACACAGCGCAAGCUGUCCAUCUCCUCUGAUGUAGCAAGUAGCGGGGACGAAUUCCGCUCAUUAUCAAGCGACGUAUGCGAGAUCUGCGAGCGCCCCGGCCACGACAUCUUCACGUGCAAUCUCUUGAGAGACGGUGCACCAAUACAUACCUCCACCUCCAGGUCUGCUUCCACAAGAGAUUUCUCAUCAGAACGCUUUUGCGUAGACUGCGAGAGCUUCGGACACGUUGCAUCUCACUGUCCCCAUUCAUUGGAUGUUUUCUAGAAUGAAACCAUUAUCGUAUGUAGCAUUAAUACACCAUUGCCAGAGGAGAACCAUUAUACCCAUCAUUUUUUGAUUUAUCUGGAAAAUUCUCGAGAUGGAUGUGAUAUGUUAUGGAAUGUAUGAUGGA